AUGACGUUCACAGCAAAAUUAUCGAAAAUGUAUCCUUUUGGGUUCUUGCGAUCACAUCCUUACAAAUCCCAUUCUAUCCCGGCUAGUUUUAUCCAGGCUUCUCAAUGUGUUGAAGAAGAGCGCGCACCCCAUUACAAUCCCAGGCAUUUUUAUCCCAUGAAACUCCAUGCGGUAAUCGCCAACAGAUAUCAAGUGGCUGCUAGACUUGGGUGGGGUACCAGCUCGACAGUCUGGCUGGGUAGGGAUCUAUACCAGUGGCGCUGGCUUCCUUCACGUUAUGUUGCAAUAAAGGUCAAUGCAAAUAAUUACAUGUCUAAAGAAUGCGCCCAAAAGGAGUUACGAAUUACACAGCGUAUAACCCAAGCAAAUACAGCCGACGAAGGCCGGUAUUUUGUCCGCACUUUGCUUGACUCAUUCGACUUGCCAGGGCCGCACGGCAACCAUAUUUGCUUGGUCUUUGACCCCCUCUACGAGCCCUUGUGGAUGCUAAAACAGCGCUUUCAAGGGGGCGUUCUUCCACUCAAUGUUGUAAGGGCCGUCAUUCGGAUGGUCGUAAUGGGCCUUCAUUAUCUUCACACCCAGUGUCAUGUCAUCCAUACAGAUCUUAAGUCUGACAAUAUUCUAAUGGCUCUUAGAGACCACUCAGUACUCGACGGGGUUGUUCGAGAUGAGAUAGAGGAUCCACUGCCUCAAAAAAUUUCCGAUGAUCGAACAAUAUAUCUCUCACGCAACAACUUUGGCUUUCAAGCAACCAACCUAGGUAGGCCAGUGAUCACGGAUUUUGGGCUUUCAGUCUGUGGGGACAAGGCCCCUCACAAUCAUCCUGUUCAACCAAAUGGGUUUCGAGCCCCAGAGGUUAUAAUUGGAGCCAGUUGGGACUAUAGUGUUGAUAUAUGGAAUCUGGGCGCAUUGAUCUGGGAACUGCUUUGUGGGACCGGCCCUUUUGAUUAUUCAACAUCAUCCUCAGAUUCAACUUACAGUGAGGAAAAGCAUUUGGCGUCUAUUAUUUCCUUGAUCGGCCCUCCGCCAGAGGAUAUGCUUGGACAGGGAACUCAAAGUUCGCGAUAUUUUAAUGACGAUGGUCAAUUCAAGUUUCCCGGGCUCAUUUCAAAAGAAGGAGGACUUGAAAAAAAGCUUACGGUCAUCGAAGGGGAUGAGAAGCAGAUGUUUUUGAAUUUUGUCUCUAGACUGCUGCGAUGGCGGCCAGAGGAUCGAGGAACUGCAGAGGAACUACUCUCUGAUCCCUGGCUGAAAUAA